GGGGUGAAGCAGGAGCUGGAGGAUCUCAUGGACGAGAUCAAGAAGACUGCCAACAAAGUGCGGGCCAAGUUAAAAGAAAUGGAGCAGAACAUUGAGCAGGAGGAACACGCCAAGAGCACGUCGGCGGACGUGCGGAUCCGCAAGACCCAGCACUCGACCCUCUCGAGGAAGUUCGUCGAGGUGAUGAAAGAGUACAACCGAACCCAGACCGACUACCGCGAGCGGUGUAAAAACCGCAUCAAGCGCCAGAUCGAAAUCAGUCAGUGCAUCCUCACGUGGCAGUGUCUUGCUGUCGUUAGCAGCCUUACCAAAGGCGUCGUUUCUCUUGUAGCUGGGAAGACUAUUGAUGACACCCAGUUAGAGGAGAUGCUGGAUACGGGGAAUGCUGAGGUGUUCACGCAAGGAAUCAUCAUGGACACGCAGCAGAUGAAGCAGACGUUGGCCGACAUCGAAGCCCGACAUGCCGACAUCAUCAAGUUGGAGACAUCCAUCAAGGAGCUCCAUGACAUGUUUAUGGACAUGGCCAUGCUCGUCGAGAGUCAGGGAACAACAAUAGAUAACAUACAAUAUCACGUCGAGCACGCCGUGGAGUAUGUCGGAAACGCUGCUGACAAAACCAGAGAUGCCACAACCUUCCGGAGGAAAUCCAGACGGGUGAGUGGGAAGGAAGGAGGUGUGGUGCCACCUGCAUGUGUGGGGCUUGGUGGGAGAGUUACAGCCCUCCAUUGAUGCACGCUGUGGAUUCGUCGUGCGAUUGCCUGCCGAUUUUGCGUGUAAUUUUUCCCUCUGUCUCCUUUCUCCUACCUGUUCCUAUCUGCCACCCCUUCUAAAUAUAAAAUGGUCAUGUUGGAAUGGACCUGAGAAUAAAUGAAUGGUCCACUUGAGUUAUACUUAACUUCAAUGUCAGGCUAUCUCAUGUCCUCCUUAUAGUGACAGUUGUAAUCUUUGGGAAGGCUUCUUUAUGAAUAUUAAUACCAUUGGAGACAUUUCAUGAAGUGUAUUGGUUCAAAAAAGGGAAUGCAGGAGGGCAAUCAGAGGCUGUGGAUUUAGUUCAAUCUCCCAUCGUGGGCACCAACCAGGCUCGUGUAUACGUCGUUCCCUUCGGAUGGGGGUUGGGGACAAUAGAGCCUUUGGUGCCUCUUGCAUGUCUGGCCUUGGUGGGAGAGCCCCUCAUGUGUGUUGAUGCACACUGGAUUUAUUGUGCAACAACCUUCCGAUGUUUAGUCUUUCAUGCACCCUUUCCCUUCCCAUUUUGAAAAAACUCCUGUAAACUACUUUCCUGCCUGAAGUCCAUCUCUUAGGAAUGAUCACGGAAGCAGCCAAGUGGCUUUGUUACACAAAAAUCAACAGUCCAGAGUGACAUGUACUCUGGCACAGCUUAUGAUGUAUCUGGGAGGGAGAAAUGAGAGCCUCAGCUGAUAUUCUGGAAUCAAGUUAUAGUUACAUCACACAGGAAUUGUUCUCCUAUUGCUUGCCAUUCAUUAGUUGUGAAGGAUGUCAGAGGAAGAUUGUCAUAUAGGAUUUAUGGGAAGGACUAGCUUUGUGCUUUAGACUAUAGUUUAGUUAGGCACUUGUAUCUUUGGUCAGAUCAGUUCACCAUCUCAUAACAGUGGCAGCUCAGAGCUGUUGCCUUUUGUUCAGGGAUUCAUCAUAUAUAUCUUUCAGCAUUUCUGAUUUCAUGAAUGAUGCUGAUCUGAACCAAUGGAAACUUUUUGUGAUGUGUUCGUGUGUGGAAAAUGUUAAUGAUAUGAAUCUCUGCUGGACAUGCUGCCCUGCCACAUGGUACUUAAAUAGGGAGAGAUGAUAGAUCGCAUAGAGUACCAUGUCGAGCAUGCGGUAGACUACGUCCAAACCGCCACCCAGGACACCAAAAAGGCCCUCAAAUACCAGAGUAAAGCGAGACGGAAGAAAAUCAUCAUUCUCAUCUGCCUCGGGAUCCUUGUCAUAAUACUUGUUUCCACCAUAGGAGGGUAUUUUGGAAUAGGCGAAUAGCAAGGACUCGGCAAAGGUUCCCUAGAUCUUAGCUGUGUUAUCCUUCCUUUUCAAAAAAAUAUGCAACUUGCUCUGUGUUUCUAGACCCCAGUGACUGACGCGGGUGUCGUGCCGGUGCGACCGGCAGUCAGGACCGCCGGUCAGGACUGUCAGGACCGCGUCCACCGGCGCCACCCGAAACUAGACGGAAGAACGACUUUUUUGCUAGUGUGCAUGGUUGUGCUCUGGAAACGGAACUCAUUCGUCCGGUCUAGCCGCUUCUGAUUUCUGGCUUCUCUCUCCGUUUCUCCCCGUUUCUCUCUCCCUGCUGAAAAUUUUGCCUUUCGCUCUCCCCAGACUCGGCCGGUCUUCGAGACGAAUUUAGUUGGGUCGCAAAGUUAGACUCGGAGGAAAGUUGUAGUCUUUUUUGCUAACUUAUACGCGCAUCAUGCACAGUUACGUACGACGAGCAUGUUUUUUUGAAGCAUGAGCAUUAAAAGCAUAAGCAUAAAGGGAAAAAAAAAUGUACUUGAACAACUUUUGCAUGUUUUAUCUUCUGCCGGUUUUUUUGAAACGCGUAUUUAAAAGAUUUGCAAGGACAAAAAAAAUAGUUGAAAUCGGGUCUGUGAAGAUAGCUUUAGCAAUAGUUGUUGCGAUUUCACAGAAUCGGUGAUGCGGAACAGCCAUAUAUUUAUUCCGAGUGGAUUGGCCACCCGGAGCCAAUUUUCUCCAAUUUUUGAGCUGUUACCUGCUUACCCGCCAGAAAGCAAUCGGACAUACGGAACUCCGCAUGUGAACAUUGUACAUAGGGGCUCUUGUUGAUGAUGAUGAUGAUGACGAUGAUGAUGAUGAUGAUGAUGGUGAUGGUGAUUAUGAUGAUGAUGAUGCCUAGUUAUCAUAUAGGAUAUUGCCAUUAUGCAGAUUUUUUCCCUUCUUUCUUCCCUUCAUAACCUAUGCUCUCUCUUGUAGCUGAUUUGCCAAAGAUACAUCAACAACAACAACAACAACAACAACAACAAAAAGAUGAAAGAGACUCUUGUACUGUGAUCUAUAGACUUUUUUGUCCAAUUGCGAGGACCUUUUGUGCGCAGGCGUGUUCCGCCAACUUGACAUCUUGUACCGGAUUGGCGAGUGCAGAUUAUGUCGCCCUGUUUAGCUUGUGCCGAUUGUACACAACAUUGGUUGAUUUCUUCCCCCCCCCCCCCC